AUGUACGCUCUCGCACGGCAAUUCACUACAUACGAAGAUGACUCAAAAGAAUACGCGCUCCUAGCCAUCCUGCUGAAUAAGCUACCACGUCGCAUCCGCAGCCGCAUUUACGACGAAGGCAAAAACCAAGAGAAUCUUGUACCGACGGAACUUCUGAGGAUACUAACCAAGAUCGUCAGAAAGGAGACAACGCUCGAAGAAAUGGAGGACCAUCGCGACUACACCAAUGAACUCUAUAUGAACGCAGCGUACCAGCGUCACUACAAGACGAAUACGAUACCCAAUACAGAGAAGUCCAAAUUCUCGGGACAAGACAUCGCAAGAUCCAGAGAUCCAUGCACCAAUCCUCGUCAACGCAUGCAUCCUUCGCAAAUGGUUUUCGCGGUUGUUGGUGCCGUCGUUGACGUGCUUCCUGUCGUCGUUGAUGAAGCUGACGUGCUCCCUGUCGUCGUUAGAGGAGUUGUCGUUGACGUGCUCUCUGUGAUAGUUACAGGAGUUGUCGUUGACGUGCUCCCUGUCGUCGUUAGAGGAGUUGUCGUUGACAUGCUCUAG